UGCACGCCCGCGCCCUCUGCAACAUGUUGCGCGCCGCUGCCCUCGCCGCCGCUGGCCUCGGGCCCCGCCUGGGCCGCCGUCUCCUGUCGGCCGCCACCACGCAGGCGGUGCCGGCCCCCAACCAGCAGCCUGAAGUCUUCUACAACCAGAUCUUCAUAAACAAUGAGUGGCAUGAUGCUGUCAGCAAGAAAACAUUCCCCACCAUCAAUCCAUCCACCGGAGAAGUCAUCUGUCAGGUAGCCGAAGGAGACAAGGAAGACGUGGACAAGGCAGCAAAGGCUGCCCGGGCCGCCUUCCAGCUGGGCUCACCCUGGCGCCGCAUGGAUGCGUCUGACAGGGGCCGCCUGCUGAACCGCCUGGCUGAUCUGAUUGAGCGGGACCGGACCUACCUAGCAGCCUUGGAGACCCUGGAUAACGGCAAGCCCUAUGUCAUCUCCUACCGGGUGGAUCUGGACAUGGUUCUCAAAUGCUUCCGUUAUUACGCUGGCUGGGCUGAUAAGUACCACGGGAAAACUAUUCCCAUCGAUGGGGACUUCUUCAGCUAUACCCGCCAUGAACCCGUCGGGGUGUGCGGGCAGAUCAUUCCGUGGAACUUCCCGCUCCUGACGCAAGCCUGGAAACUCGGCCCAGCCCUGGCGACCGGAAAUGUGGUUGUGAUGAAGGUAGCUGAGCAGACUCCACUGACUGCCCUCUAUGUGGCCAACCUGAUUAAGGAGGCCGGCUUUCCUCCUGGCGUGGUCAAUAUUAUUCCCGGAUUUGGCCCCACAGCUGGGGCCGCCAUCACCUCCCAUGAGGAUGUGGACAAAGUGGCCUUCACAGGCUCCAGCGAGGUUGGCCGCCUAGUCCAGGUUGCUGCAGGGAGGAGUAACCUCAAGAGAGUGACCCUGGAGCUGGAGGGAAAGAGCCCCAAUAUCAUCAUGUCAGAUGCAGAUAUGAACUGGGCUGUGGAGCAGGCCCACUUCGCCCUGUUCUUCAACCAGGGCCAGUGCUGCUGUGCCGGCUCCCGGACCUUUGUGCAAGAAGAUGUGUACGCCGAGUUUGUGGAGAGGAGCGUUGCCCGGGCCAAGUCUCGUGUGGUCGGGAACCCCUUUGACAGCCAGACUGAGCAGGGGCCGCAGGUGGAUGAAACUCAGUUUAAGAAGAUCCUUGGUUAUAUCAAAUCUGGGAAGGAGGAGGGGGCAAAGCUGCUGUGUGGUGGAGGGGCGGCUGCUGACCGUGGCUACUUCAUCCAGCCCACCGUGUUCGGAGAUGUGCAAGACAGCAUGACUAUCGCCAGGGAGGAGAUCUUUGGGCCAGUGAUGCAGAUCCUGAAGUUCAAGACCAUAGAGGAAGUCAUUGGGAGAGCCAACAAUUCCAACUAUGGGCUGGCUGCAGCUGUCUUCACCAAGGACUUGGACAAGGCCAAUUAUGUGUCCCAAGCCCUCCAGGCUGGCACUGUGUGGGUCAACUGCUAUGAUGUGUUUGGGGCCCAGUCCCCAUUCGGCGGCUACAAGAUGUCCGGGAGCGGCCGGGGGCUAGGAGAGUAUGGGCUGCAGGCAUACACCGAAGUGAAAACCGUCACGGUCAAAGUGCCUCAGAAGAACUCCUGAAGAACUGUGCCGACUCCUGGCGGAGGUCAAGGACAUCAGCAGCAAAACCAAGAAAAAUGACACUUGUACACUAGAAGUCUCGAAAGAGAAAUUCUCUCACAAAAUCUCUUGAUCAAGAAAGUCUCAGGGGUGCCUGGGUGGCUCAGUUGGUUAAGCGACUGCCUUCGGCUCAGGUCAUGAUCCUGGAGUCCCGGGAUCGAGUCCCACAUCGGGCUCCCUGCUCAGCAGGGAGUCUGCUUCUCCCUCUGACCUUCUUCCCUCUCAUGCUCUCUCUCUACCAUUCUCUCUUUCUCUCUCUCUCUCUCAAUAAAUAAAUAAAU